CCUAAAUAUUCAUACCGGACUCAUGCCUCCUUUAACAAAGGCCGAAGUUGACAGUUUGCUCGCGGAAUUGGGGCCACAGGUGAACACCGAAGCGGACAAAAUCGCUCUCGGUGUGCAGGCUUACAGAAAAUUCCUCACGGCCUAUCCGCAGUACAUUGCUCUGUUCUCGCGGCUCCAGGGCUUAGACAUAAACAAUGUCUUCCAGUCUGAUGGGAUAAAAUAUUAUGGAAGAACAUUCGUUGAUGAUAUUGUGAAAUUUGUUCAAGCAGCCGCUGACGAUGCGCAGUUUAAAAAAGCACUAGAAGAUAAUGGUAAAGCUCACACUACACGAAAUGUGACCAAGGAUCAGUUCAUGAGUGGAGAACCAAUCUUCAUUGACUUUUUCAAAUCUGCUUUGAAGAAGCCGGAGAACCAAGCCGCAGUUGAGAAAUUGUUAAAGGCUAUUUUCCCCACGGUCGCGAGCUAUUUGUGACAGCCA